CUUCGUUUUUCUGGAGCCAGAGGGAGGGGUAAGUGCUGAGAGUGUUGUUGUCUGUCGCUGCUGGGGACAGACAGAGCUGGCCAAGGUUGCCGAAAGUACUGCUGAGACCGACAUAACAUCCUAAAAAGUACUACCUCAAGAGACAUACAGAGACAAAGAGAAAGCGGAUGAUAUAGACAGCAAGCCGGCGUCCUCCACCAGAGAAGGUUUGCUGGAAUGGGUAACCUGCUAAAAGUCCUAACAAGGGAUAUAGAGAACUAUCCACACUUUUUCCUGGACUUUGAAAAAACCAAAUGGGGAAUCUGUUAAAGGUGCUCACUUGCACAGAGCUUGAACAGGGGCCAAACUUUUUCCUUGAUUUUGAAAAUGCACAGCCAACAGAAGGAGAGCGUGAGGUGUGGAACCAGGUGAACUCAGUCCUCCAGGACUCUGAGAACAUCCUGACUGGCCUGCAGGCGUACAAAGGAGCAGGCCAGGAGAUCAGAGAUGCCAUUCAAAACCCCAGUGACUUCACGCUGCAGGAGCGAGCCUGGAACUCAGUCUGCCCCCUGGUCAUCAAACUCAAGAAGUUCUACAGUUUCUCUCUCAGGCUAGAGGAGGCUCUGCAGAACUUGUUGGAGUGCCUGACCUGUGCGCCCUUCACGCCCACUCAGCACCUGGAGAGAGAGCAGGCGCUGGCCAAACAGUUCGCUGAGAUCCUUCACUUCACCCUGCGCUUCGAUGAGCUCAAGAUGAGAAUUCCUGCAAUCCAGAAUGACUUCAGCUACUACAGAAGAACCAUCAGUCGAAACCGGAUAAACAACAUGAAUUUGGACAUUGAGAGGGAAGUCAACAACGAGAUGGCCAACAGGAUGUCUCUGUUCUACGCCGAAGCCACGCCCAUGCUGAAAACACUCAGCAACGCAACCACAAGCUUUGUGACAGAGAACAAGACUCUUCCACUGGAGAACACGACAGACUGUCUGAGCACCAUGGCCAGCGUCUGUAAAGUCAUGCUGGAGACACCGGAAUAUUCGAGUCGUUUCAGCAGCGAGGACACACUCUUGUUUUGCAUGAGGGUCAUGGUCGGAGUCAUCAUUCUUUAUGACCACGUCCACCCCAACGGCGCCUUCAACAAGUCCUCCAAGAUAGACAUGAAAGGCUGCAUAAAGGUUCUCAAGGACCAGCCGGCAGACAACGUGGAAGGCCUCCUGAAUGCCCUUAAAUUCACCACGAAACACCUGAACGACGAGUCCACUCCGAAGAACAUCCGGACGAUGCUCCAGUAAUGUUUGCUCUGUUUGUUUUUUUAUAUAUCUAUAUAAAUAAGAGGCUCAAUGCUCUGACCUCACAAAUAAGAUGUAUAUGUUUACAUUAUUUAAAAAGACUCGAUGUUCAUACUUGUGUGUUAUGGCAUAGUCAUUCCCCUCCAAGCUAUUGCAGAACAUGUACCUUCUACUUUGCAAAAAAACAAUACGAAAGCAUCACAUGAAUUGCCUCUACUCUUAACAGCUGUCAAUCAACCAGUGAUGGAUACCUUUCAGCCUUAUAUAACUGAGCGUUGCAAGCGGUGCUCUGAAAAAAAAUCUCCAUCCCAAUCCUUUUAUUCGACAAUGGAAUGAGUUUUGUGUACAGCGUUUAGUCAAAUUCACCUUGGUUUUCUGAAGCAGAAUAAACCAUUUUUUUGUGUUUUUUUUUUGAAAGUGAACAUUUUUAAAUUGCUUCUCAUUUCUAUCACAGCGACCGUUUGUGUCAACAUGUAUUAAAACAAGUGAAGUCGUUUCUGUCUUUUGAGCUACAGAAGAAUGAGAUGUGAUGACAGAAAUCAGUUCAUGUUCAGAUGGACGUGUGUGUGUGCGUGUGUGUGUGUGUGUGUUGCCAUGAAUGGCUGAACAUUAAAGCAGAUAAGGGAUCGAUUGGUUUGUUGUACGUUUCGCUGAAAAGCUUCGGAGUGUUUUGUGUUUUCGUAGUCAGCUGUUGUCUUUGUCUCUUUUCAAACUCCAAUCUUGUUCAACUGUUGAAAUAAAUCCACUGUGAACACAAAACCCACUCUGCACAUCCAGGAAGCUCCAGUAUGUCGAGGUGUGCUUGUGCGGAGGUGAUAAUGAAAAUCAAAUCAACCAAUCAAAUGUAUUUAAUGAUCUGGCAAUGUUCUGAGUGAUAUUCUGCCGUGUUUUAUGACUCGUGUUUGUAUUAAACAGAAAAAUGCAUUUCUCUAAAAGAGGCCAAAAACGUCCUUCUGAAUAAAUGACUUGUGAUUCUUAUCUGAAAAUGUUCCUAAAAAGAGAGCUUAUUUUUGAUCUCUUCUCUUGUUACUCAUUGCGCAGCUUGCUAAGCUUUAAUUUGUGGCUCGCAUGGCAGGAAAUAAAACAGUGAUAUGAUCACGGUCAAUACAGCUAUUCCAUAAAACCAUUAAAAACAAAAAGGGCUGUAACAAAUGUCUACGUCUGCUCUAUUCUAGUUAUUUAAAAAAAAAAAAAAGAAUACCCCAAAAUAGAGUUGCAAGAUGGAAAUAUAGUCUAAAAAAGAUAUUUAACCUUGCUCUGCCCUUCCAUCCAUAACACUGCCCCAGUUCUGGAGGUCUGUCCAGCUCUUCACACUGAACGUGCUCUUGGAUGGGCAGACCCACAGUGGACUAAUAUAGAAAAAUGGCAUAUUGUAUGUUUAAGGAUGACAAAUUGAUAAGCAGACAUGCCAUUUAUGACUGGAUGGAACUUAUGA